AUGCAGUCCGAAGCAAGCAAGAGCGUCUUGCCGUGUCCGCCUGCCUUUGCUAAGCAAGACACUCCGUGUAGAUACUUCUAUCGUUCAGGAAAGUGCGAGAGGGGCACCAAGUGUAUCUUCUCUCACUCCGACACACGCAAAUCUGGCCCCUCGGAAGCAUCUGUUCCUGCUGCUCGACUCUCUGCGCAGGCUGGCGAAUUCAUUCCCGGUUCGACGUGUCGAUCCGACUUGUCCGCGAGAGCACAAGCUUUCCAUUCUGCUGCAACUUCGAGCGAUGACGACGACGACCAAGAUGCUUGGCAAGACAUUCCCGCAGACCCGCAGUCCUCUUCAGCCCCAAUCUCAAAUCCAAUGCCUAUGAAAGGCGUCCCAGCUAGCAUCAGCAGCCCUCCCGCCUCUCACUGCGACAUUUGUAUGGAGAUCCCCGCCGUCUACGCCCAGCAUUCCAACUGCGAUCAUCUCUUCUGUCCACCCUGCCUCAGCACAUGGCGUAGACAGCACGAUCAGUCCAAGAACAAAAAUUGCCCUACCUGUCGAACCCAUUCCCGGUACACCUUUGUCACACCACAACCCUUCGCCUCCAGCGCACGCACCCUGGCACUACAGCGAUUCCGCCAACGCGCAGCAGGCACGCCCUGCAAGAACUUCUCAAAGAGUCUAGCUCUGAGCAGCAAGCGGUCGACACACCCAUUCUGCAUCUUCGGAGAUGAUUGCAUGUACAAGCACGAGAUUGAUGGAAAAGAGUACAAGUUUGGCCAGGGGAAAUUCCGCAUUCAGAGAAGCAACAAGCGCCUCAGAAGGAUUGUGGGGCUGAGAGGCAGAGGAUCGGAAAGGAUGGCGAAUGUUGAGUUCUUCACGAGGAUCCGGGAUAUGGACGAACGCGUGAGGAUGUUCUUGACAACCAGGUCGAUCCUAAGCGCUCGAAGUCAGAUUUCCGCUGCAAGCUAG